AUGGCACCCACCGCCUCGUCGUCGUCAUCGUCUUCCUCAUCACCGCCCACUGCGCAAAAGCUGCCCGGCGCAACACCGACCGCACCCGCAACAGACGGCAGCGGCGCCGCACGGAAGCGCAAGAGGGUCUCGAGGGCCUGCGACCAGUGCUUCACCCGCAAGGACAAGUGCGACGGCCUGCACCCCGUCUGCUCCAUCUGCCGCCGCCUCUCGAUACCAUGCACCUACCAGCGCCCGGAGCGCAAGCGCGGGCCCGUCCAGGGCAUCCGCCAGAAGCUCGAGGCCCAGGUCGACGCCCUCGAGACCCUCCUCGGAUUCUGCGUGCAGCACCUCUCCCACGACGUCUCACCCGCCCUCGUAGACUCGUACCGUCGCUGCCGGCACCGUGGCAACCAUGGCGACGACAAUGACGACGACGGCGACGAUGAUGACGACGACGACGCCUCCUGGCAGGCCGAAACGACGAGGUACAGGGCGGCAUGGAGGCGGUCCAAGCUGAGGCGAGCGGCCAUCGAAGUCGCCCUCGUCCAAGGAGCCGCCCCGUCCUCUGGCACCGAGCAGGGCGAUCCGUGCGAUGCACAGCCCGCUAGGCCGCAGCUCGAGAGGAUGAGGUCCUCGACCGCCAUCGCAGAGGCUGCUGCCGGUCGCACAAUGGCCCCGUACAAGGCCGGCCAUGGAGGCGCAGCACUCAACGCAGCCGCUCCUCAUGCCGACAUCGACCCGAUCGACCAUCCGGCCUCUCCGACGGUAUCGGCGUCGUCUCCACCCAGAUCGCCCUCGUCGUCGUCACGCCCAACGCUAGCCCACCACCGAAUCCCAUCCUUCCUGAGCUCGUCCCACGCAUCCUCGACGCCGUCCUACCCUGCGACGGGCGCAACAUCGUCGCCAGCAUCGGUGCCGGCGCCGGCGCCCGCACCAACACCAACAUCGGCACCGACCGCCGCCAUCGUCGCCGCAACCCCGUCUCCCCACCGCAUCACGAUCCCCACGACGAUACCCUCGUACGUCGCGCGCGGCCCGCCACCGCUGUCGAGCAGCACGGCCAGCACGACGUCUGCGCCCGCGAUAUCCGCGCGGCAUCGGCCGGGAUCGACGUACCGCAAUCGCGGCCUGGUCCCGCCGGGGACGGAUCCCAACGACGCGCUCGGAGGCUUCCACCUGGGCUUCCAGGACGACGAGGACUCGUGGUACUCGGGCGUGCUGCAGGGCGCAGGCGGCCAGUCGAUCGGUGCUGGCGCUGCGGGCGCGGCGCACGACUCGGCGGCGACGCUGCAGAGACAGCAAUCGGCAGCGGCAUACAACAACGACGGCGAAGCGACCAGCUGA